UCUAAACGACGUCGUGUUAGGACGUUUUCGUCUCCUACAACCCUGGUCUUAAACCCUCUCCCUCGCCGCGAUUCUUAUUAUCGGAAAACCCUGAGAGAGAGAGAGAUGGGGAGAUCGAGAAGAAAGUACAAGAAUUCGAGGGCGAAGGUAAAGGUUGGGCUACCGAGGAAGAACCCUAAUGUCUUCAAGCCUGCCUUCAACCUCCCGCCGAAGCUCCGCUCUCUAAUGGCGGACAAUCUCCCUUCCUGGGACGACAAGGCCAGUGUUGUUGAGAACUACAAGUCCUUCGGUGUCGUCUCUAAUCCUAACUUCCUCGGCGUCCGAUCGCGUACGGACCAUCUCGUCGAGGCCGAUUCUCUCAAUGUUCCUUCUCCACCGGAGCCGCCGACCGAUGAUCCUCUCGUCAAGGAGUUCCAGCCCAUCGAUUCCGGCAGCGAUCUCGAGGAAGACGAUCUUAAGACAGCGCUCGGGAAGCAGAGAAAAGACGGGAAACACACACCUUUGCAGCCGCUGACAACUAUGCAACGCAAACAUAUCAGUUCUUUGAUUGGAAAAUACAGAGAUGACUACAAGGCCAUGGCUCGGGACACAAAGCUAAACGCGAUGCAGCAUACGGUUUCAGCUCUGCGGAAGCUUUGCUCAAGAUAUCACAUGCACAAAGAUAAGAACCCUAUGUUAGUUCCAAGCUAAGACUCUACUUGUCCCUGAUCCUCAUCUCUUCCUGUUUGAACUCAUGACAAUGUUGUAAUGGUUACCUGUUUCAUGUUCCUAGAGUGUUGUCCCUAGAGCCUCUUCUUGUAAAACUGCGGACAGACCCUUUUCUCGGGUCUGAAUAGGAAAAGUUGAAAACUUGUGGACUUACACA